AUUUUAUCCAGAAUAGUUUGGAACAAAGAAGAGACCUCGACGUUAGAAGCAGAUGAAGAAGCAGAAGACCAUGGAUUGACGACGGCAGACGAAUCCCCGGCUAUUAUUAGUAGCAUUGGUGAUCCCCGUAUUUUAAGGAUUCUACGAAACAUGAAACCGAACUGCCCCUGCAAAUCAUGCGCUGAGCACGAUCCUAUAUCCAGUAAUCGACAAGAAGAAGAUAGCGAUUUAAAAAGCUCGUCCCCGGAAGAAAAUAAAAAGAGAAAAUGGUCACUGAAACAUCGAAAACAUGUCUACACGAGUUCAGAGGAUGUGGGUGCUUUGACUGAUUGCAACAGUGAGCAUGGUAAAAAAGAAAGGAAGGAUCAACACAAAACAAAGAGUACUUUAACUCAACGAGUCAAAACAAACUCAAUAGUAAACGCAUCACCGAAAAUUUCGAAUCGUCGACAGUCGAAUUUCUCCUUUUUUAACGCCCUUUUCGAUAUUAUUUUCUGGCCUUAUCUAUUUUUGAAAGCCAAUCGGUGA